CGAUGAAGAACUGUCGUUGUUAUACUCAUCGCUGUUUUUGCCGUGACUAACAGAUGCGCUCAUCGCUAUCUCAGCCGUUGUUAAAAUCCACGAUUCCAGUAUUAACCCGUCUGAUUCAAUUUGUACCAAUAAAAACUCAUUUCUAUGAUGGAAGUGAUUGAGUCGAUAGUCACGGACAGUAUUGAAGUGGAACAUUCAACCGCCACUGUUUCAACUCUGGAUGCUGAAAAGUCUAACACAGAGUUCAUCUGGACCUUGCAAGCCACGUGGCAUCUGGUUCGUGUUCGUCUGGAAAUGGACCAGGAGUUUGAUCAGCCGGUCUGCAAAAAGAAGAAGCUCUGGGAGACGGUGGCCGAGCGCGUGACGGCCAAGCUCAGGGCCGAGGGCUACGACGACGUGCCGGUCAAAGCCUUCGAGUGCGACCUGAAGUGGAGGAACAUGUUGGCGACGUACAGGAAGAACAACGAGCGUGCCAAGCGGCUCGGCGCGCACAGCGUGCACUGGGAGUUCUUCAAAGCCAUGCACGAAGUGCUCGGCCGGAGCUACGAGGAAGUCGAGGCCCAACGGAAAGCCAAGCUGAGCGGCACCAAGCUGGGCAAGGCCAUGGCCAGUAAACGCUACACGCCGAUUCUUCCCACGCCCACGGUCACCGCCACAGCGUUCAGUGCUGCCAGACCCCCUCAGGAUGUGCUGCAGUUGUACCUGGAACUACAGGAACGCAAACUGAACAUGUGGGCGCAGCAGAAAGCCCUGGAGGAGAGGAAGAUCGAGGCCAUCAACAAUCUGGCGCGUGCCAUCAGCAGCCUGGCGCAAGAGACUGCAACAGCGGCUAAAGAGCCCAUUGUGUCGGACACGCUCGCUUCCCUUUCCUCACAUCAAUAAAGAUUCUGUUCGAUUAUUGAGCUUUAA